GUAUAAAAGCCAAGGCUUUAGCUGUUUUAUAUCGCUACCGUACCACGCAACAUACAGAUAUAAUUAUAUCCACCAUGCCUGUGCCUAGACACAUACACAACGUUUCUCGAGGCACAUCCAAGGAUCCAACACUGUUUGACAAGUACCAGUGCCCCUACUGCAACCAUCUCCUGAAGGAUGCUGUGCAGCCAAUAUGUGGUCACUGGCUGUGUGAAUGCUGUGCUGAUGAGCUGUUAGCAGAGAGUUUACCGAAAUGCCCCAAAGUUGACUGUCAAGAAUUUCUGAAGUCAGACGAAGAAGGAGCUGAGUGUUUUCCUGAUCGAUUUGUGAGAAGGGAGGUUGAGGGAAUGAUUGUCAGUUGCCCUCAUCAACAGAAGGGAUGCCAAUGGGAGGACAGGCUGGCAAAAUUGGAAACUCAUCUCAAAGCGUGUGACUUUCUUUCAGAAGAAUGCAAUCUAUGUGGUGUUGUCUUGACUGCUGACCAAAUUGGAUCGCAUGGACGAGUUUGCCCUAAGGCAUCGAUGAAGUGCCCACUUGCUGAGUAUGGAUGUCGCCACACCCGCACAAUGACAAGGCAAGAGCUAAAGCAACAUGUUAAUGAUCAUGGAUUGGAGCAUCUUCAGAGCGUUGCUGAUGCAUUAAAGCUUCUUAUACCGAAUUACCAAAGUGGUGAUAGUCUUGAUGAUGCAACUUGUCAGAAUGUGUCUCUCUCACGAUGUGGCGAUUUUGUCGAGAGGGAUGGAGCUGGUGAAAACAGUCAAUCCCUUUACAGCAAAGGAAGUAGCGAGAAAAAAGGACCUGUAUUUCAAGCUGUUGUUGAGGACCCUGGUUAUCACUCUAUGCACGGCCUGACUGGAGGACGAGUUGAAGAUCAGGAAUUUUUACAUGCAACUGCUCUUGCACAAAUGGCUAAGAAGCUCAAUAUUGAGCUUGAUACUAAAAUAACAACUGUUUCGAGACGAAAAGACGAGGAAAUAGCCACCCUUAAGAACAAAGUGAUGAAAAUGGAGAGAUCAAUGCAAUCAAAACAUGCAGACUUCGAAGAUAGAGAUUUUCGACUAUCGCUAAUUGAAAACAGUAACCAUGAUGGUAAUAUGAUCUGGAAGAUCCCACAGUUCAGCCAGAGGAUGGCCGAUGCACAAUCAGGCAAAUACACAUCCAUCUUCAGCCUUCCAUUUUUUUCAGGACGAUAUGGUUACAAAAUGUGCCUUCGAUUGUACAUUCUGGGAGACGGUAUUGGAAAGAACACUCACAUGUCGCUGUUCUUUGUGAUCAUGAAGGGAGAGUUUGACAACAUUCUACAAUGGCCUUUUACAUCCAAGGUGACGUUCAAGCUGAUCAACCAGAUGGGGAAUAGGGACAUCAUUGACACUUUCCAACCAGACCCCAUGAGCAGCUCUUUCCAAAAGCCAAAAUCGGAUAUGAACAUUGCAAGUGGUUGCCCUCGAUUUGCUUCUCACACUGAAUUGAAAAACGGUGGUUUCAUUGCUGAUGACACCGUGUUUAUCAAGUGCUCCAUUGACUGCAGUUCCAUCAAGCACCCAUAGUCAUUACCUGGUAGGUAAUAAGAACUCCUAUAUACAGGCUAAUAUAAUUGCCUGUGUGGAGGGUGCUUGGGAGGGAGUGUUGCUCGCCUGGUGCAUGCCGUGCAUGCCAAAGAGUGGUUGGACUCUAUUGGGUCAAAAUUAAUAUUUUUUUGUAGUGCAGCAUUUUUAUUUUACCUCUACCAUGUGGAACAAUUUAAUCAAUGAUGUGCACCCUAGCCUGUCAGUUUGUGUUUGUCUUGUCAACAA